UGAAUGAUGUGUGAAACAAACUUAAACCCCAAUCGAAGAGAAAGGAAUCAACGAUUUCUUUCUUGUGGUUCCGGUGAAGAUGUCGUGUUUGCAUGAUCACAGUUGCGAAGACCAUGAUUGUUCCACUGACUGGUCUCUCUACAAGCACAUCGACCUCUCUAAGGUAUCUGCUCUCAAUGAGGCAACACCAGGAAGUGUUAAGUCAGUUUUCAAAGCUUGGGAAGACCGUUUGAAUUCUUCUGGGGGUCACUUGGAAAGCAAUGAGGGUGAUCCUGAGUUACUUGUAUUCAUUCCAUUUACUUCAGAUGUCAAGAUUAAGAGCAUAUCUAUUGUUGGUGGAGCUGAUGGAACAAGUCCUUCCAAGAUGAGAGCGUUCAUCAAUCGAGAUGGUAUUGACUUUUCAGAUGCACAAAGCAUGCAAGCCAUUCAGGAAUGGGAUUUGGCUGAAAAUAUGCAAGGAGUAUUGGAAUACCAGACAAGAUAUUCUAAAUUUCAAAGUGUUGGAAAUAUUACAUUGCACUUUCCUGAGAGUUUUGGAGGCGACACAACUAAAAUACACUACAUUGGCUUUAAAGGCGAAGCUACUCAGUUAAAAAGGGAUGUUGUUGCUACUAUCGUUUAUGAGAUUACGCCAAAUCCUUCUGACCACAAGACGCAUGCUGAAAGUGGCGGCGGUCUUUCGCAUGUCGGUUGAAAUACUUUUGGAUGAUGUUAUUUCAUUACCUCCCCAACUUCAAAGACAAAUAAUACAAAUAAUUUGCUCCAGGAGUGUAUGUAAAUUACUAAAUUCCUUGUGAAAUUGUGUGGCUACUGUGCAGUUUGAUCGAUAGAUGAAUAUAUGCUGUUACGACGUUGUUAUGAAGUUUUUUAAUGCUUUUAAAUUUAAAAUGAAGGUAUCUCCAAUUAUAACUUUA